AUGGCAAGUUCAAAGGACAUAAGUAUCAAGACCAAUGUCAUUAUGGAUAUGGUAAUGCAACUUGCAUUGGUAAGGGAGCGUGUAAAGAAACAGCUUAAUGAUUUAGCAAAAGAAAACAAGUUCCUCAAAGUGAAGCUAAGAAAGACUGAAAAGGAUGAAUACUGGACUGCAGACGACAUUGAUAAGAGUGAAAAAAUGUUGCCAACAUCUAGAGCUGACUCGGCUGAUGCGUCGUUGAAUGCUGAAUCACAAGGAAAGUCAUUAAAAUCAGUCUCCAACUCUCUGGUGGAGGAAACACUUAAUACUGCAUCUUCAGAUCAAAAUGAAAUGGACAUUUCCAACAGUGCAAAAAAUGGCAAUAAUCUGGAUUAA